CCCUGUCAGCAGUGAAAGAAAUCAAGAUGGAGCAAAAAAGAUGUUCAAACCAUGUUACUCAGGAACAUCUCGAUGAGGCAGAAUUUGCCUUCAGAGAGUUUGAAGAAGAUGGCAGUAUCCCUAUAGAUGAACUUGGCAGUGCACUUAAAAAGGCUGGCCUCAAUCCCCCUAACUAUGAAAUCAGGACGCUUGUAGAAAAAUCUUUCCUGUCAAAAGAUGGAAAGAUAGACGAAAAGGAGUUUAUCAGUAUAUAUCAGGAGUUCAAGGUUAAAACAGAUUUAGGGAUGCAGUUUAAAAAGGCAGUAAAUAAACGUAUGGACUUGUUGACCAGUGGAGGAACAUCAGAGGCAUCCGUGUCAGGAACCACUCACAGCGUAAAACAUGCCGAGACUAGGGCCUAUGCUGACUGGAUCAACAGGAAGCUGGAAAAUGACCAAGACUGUGCAGGAUAUGGACUUCCAUUCAGCCAAGAGGAUCUCUUCAAUAAAACCAAGGAUGGUGUGAUUUUAUGCAAAUUGAUCAACCAAGCUGUGCCAGAAACAAUUGAUGAGCGUACAAUAAACAAAACAAAACUGAAUCCAUAUACUCGGACAGAGAACCAGAAUCUGGUUAUCAGCUCAGCCCAGGCUAUUGGCUGUACUGUGGUCAACAUAGGUCCAACUGAUAUAGAGCAAGGCCAUAAAAACCCACAUCUUAUACUGGGUAUGCUCUGGCAGAUCAUCAGGAUUGGUCUGUUGAGCGAGGUGAAUAUAAUGAAACACCCCAACUUGGCAGUCCUUCUAGAAGAAGGUGAGACUAUGGAAGAUUUGCUGAGGCUGAGCCCAGAACAGAUCCUCAUUCGCUGGGUAAACUACCAACUAGCAAAAUCUGACACAACAAAACGUGUGUCCAACUUCACAGAGGACAUCAAGGAUUCUGAAGCAUAUACACACCUUCUUUAUCAAAUUGCUCCAGUUGACUCCGGGGUUACCACACGAGCUAUGGGUAUUGAGGACAAGACUGAUCGUGCAACUGCCAUGUUGCAAGAAGCAGACAAGAUUGGAUGCAAAAGUUUCAUUGGACCAGCAGAAGUGGUUGGAGGUCACCAGAGACUUAACCUUGCGUUUGUAGCCAACUUGUUCAACACCUAUCCUGCUUUGGAGGAUAGGGAGUUUGAGCGACUAGAUGAUGUAUAUGAAGAAACAAGGGAAGAGAAGACUUACCGUAACUGGAUGAACAGUCUUGGGGUGGAUCCAUUUGUACAUAGACUCUACAGUGACCUGAGUAAUGGAUUAGUCCUGUUUCAACUGUAUGAUCAUAUCAGACCAAAACUUGUGGACUGGAACAAGGUUCAUUCAAAGUUCAACAAACUGAAAGCUAACUUUGAAAAAAUAGAGAAUUGCAAUUAUGCAGUGAAGCUUGGAAACGACUGUUCCUUUUCUCUUGUUGGAGUGUCUGGUCAAAACAUUCAUGAAGAAAAUCAAACAUUGACAUUGGCUCUGGUGUGGCAGCUGAUGCGAGCAUACACCCUAGCUCUACUCAAUAAGUUGAAGGAUAUGCAGGAAGGCCAGUCAAUUACAGACACACAAAUUAUUGCCUGGGCAAAUGAAAAGCUCACACAAGCAGGAAAGAAGACCCAAGUGAGGAGUUUUAAAGAGAGGAAUUUUCCGUACAGCAAGGUCAUUCUGGACCUGAUUGACUCCAUUAAACCUGGCUCAGUCAAGUGGAGUAACGUGAAUUUGGAAGAUGACGCGAGCGAUGAGGAUAAAAUGCUUAAUGCCAAGUAUGCUGUCUCCAUGGCCCGCAAAAUUGGUGCAAGGGUAUAUGCACUGCCAGAGGAUAUCUUCGAUGGGAAAAGCAAAAUGAUUCUUACAACAUUUGCUUGUCUCAUGGUUAAGGACCUUUCAUCAUCAUCAUAGAAAGGUCAAAAGGUCAAAAAAGACAUUUGUAAUAUGGUAGCCCCUUUUAAUCCAAGACAUCUACAUCAUAUAUUCAUGAGCAAGACUUGGACCAUUCACCAGAGAAGUUCGGAACUGGAUAAGUGUGAUUUUUGGGCUUCUACUUUAUUUGUAUGCAGCUUUGCAGCAGCUAGAUACAUCUCCCAGAGUCAGACUGAUGUGACCAUCCUAAAAAAAAGCUGAAAUAUUCUAUCAGGGCAAUUUUUCAGUAGAGUGCUAUACUAAAUUGUGAAAUGAUGUAUGGAUAUUUUGUAUAAGACUGAAGAAUGCUUUGAAAUAAUUUGAAGCUCGAGAAAUUUGAUAUGAUUGAUAAAAUAUGCAAGAAAAAAGAAGAAAAAAGAUAUGAGAUGUAGAUAUAUACUAGCUUUGAAUGGCUAGAAAAAGUCCCACAAAUAUCCUUGCUGUUUGACAAUCCUUCACUUCUCAUACAGACUCCGUUAUCUGUAUGAUAUUACAGUUUGUUAGAUAAUUUCAAUUAAUAACUCCCAGAAUAGUGUUAUAGUGUCUGAUUAACUACCAUUAGGAGUAACCGUUAUUGGUAUGUGAAGAAUCUGUUGUAUAUAGGUACUAUUGCCUUUUCAUACUGAUGUUGCUUUGCCAUUUUGUGUGAAGUGUUAAUCUCUGGAAGAUGUAUAACAGUUUGUCAGUCUGCAAAGCCGAGCAUGGAUUUUACUUUAAAAGGUCCUCAUAAGAUGGAGUAUGGUGUUUUAUUAAAGGAAUGAAAAUAUAGCUUGAUAUAUAUUAUUUCCAUUGCAAAUCAUUUCAUAAACACAAUGAAUUAUUGCUAUGUAAGAGAAGACUCAUAUUUGUCUUAAAAAUCUUUUUUUUUUUUUUUCAAAUUGUUUUGAUUUCAUAUAGUACAUAUCAUGCGUUUUUUUUCCCAAAAUAAUGCCUAUUAAAUGUAAAAUUAACUUUAAGUAAUGGAUAUUCUUUGGCAAAAAUUAAUUUGUUAUUGUAUAUCAGGAUGGUUUUAUUACAAAUUUCCUCAAAAAAGAACAUUUGCACAUAACCUGGAAAUAUUUUUCUGUAGUUUUGCAUAUACCAUGUAUAGAUCAAUAUAAGAAAAAUAGAGAGGAUUGUAUACUAAUCCGUGCUUACCAAUACCUCUGUGAUAAAUUCAUACAGCCACUGUAUACACUGUAUGUUACCGAUGUAAAUGUAUAUCAUUUUGUCUUUAGAAGUCAUUCUCAGUCUGUUAUUGAUUUUCUUGUCUGUUGACUUCAGAAAGACUAAGAGGCAAUAGACUUGCUCUAAACCUUAAACAUGAAAGUAAUAAUUUUGACUGACUGCAGAUCUCCGGAUUAAUCUUUAUCAUUGUUUUAAAUUCAUGAACCUACUCUACCUAAUGUUAGGUUUUGUAAAGAUGCGUGAAAUGUUUAUAGUCCGAUAUUGGGUGACGUUUGUUGUUUAACUUCAGUUCAUUUGUUUUGUUGUAAACAGAUAUUCAAUUUGUAAAAUGGACCAAGUGUGAAAAGAUUAUGAUAUAUGUAUGGACCAAGUUUAAUGCAUUAUUGGACCAAUUUUUUGUUUCACAAUAUGUGUGAAUGUUAUUAUUGGUUUUGGUGGAGAGCUUCACUUUUCCUUUUUGGUUACAUGUGUUAAUUAUUGAAAUGGAAUUUUGUGGACCAAGACUAACAGGAAAAUCCAUUUGAAGGGGUUGGAAUAUGAUUUGGUUUAUGAAACAUUUUCAGGGAAGAAAUGGUGACUGUGAAGGUAUCCAUUAUUUUCAAGGUUUAUUUUGUUUUUGUGAUACUGUUAAUGACAGGAAAAAGAGUGUUCUGUAUUGAAAAAAUACAACAUACACCAAUAUGGUUUGGCUAUUUAAGGGAGACAGUCACAGAAUUUGUUAUAAAAAUUACAUAACUAUGAAACAAUAGCUUGUCUACUGUGCUGUCAUGAUAUUUUGAUGUACUGAUAAUUUUUCUGCAUCAUUACUAGUCAAGAACAUUCAACAUCUUUUAUCUUCUUGGAAUAGACCCAAAUUCUGAUUUUGUAUCAGUGGAAAAUAUAAAGGGACUUAAGGCCUUGAAAGUAAACUGAGAAAGGCACCAUGAUUUUAUUCAUAACAUAAUUAUAUCAAUGUUCAGUAUUUAUGCAAAUAGUUGUAUUUCACAUACCAUAGUUUAUUAAAUAAUCUGUUGAUUAGUGCAAAAUAUUAUUUUUAUAUGCUUGUUAUCUUAAUAGCUGAUUUUCAAUUUAUUAUCAAUUUUUUCAAAACUAUUUUUGGCUGGUCUUUAAGCUUUGUUUGAUUACUUUCUAUAUAUGUUGAUGACUCCUUGAAGCUACAUAUCUAUUAUAUUAGACAGUCUUUUCUGUCAUUGGCUCUUAAUUUGGUAUUUAUUCAAGAUCAGCUGGACAGUACACGGAGUAUGUACUAAGGUAUCUGUUGCAGAUGUAGACACAGAUCGUCAGAUCACUGCUAGGUCUCAUGUGUAUAUUUACUUAUGACGUUGCGUUUUUAUGUAAUAUUAACAAGUUUUGCGAUGGUUUGAAUAAUAGUUGUUUCUGAAUCCUUUUAUGAAAUAUUAAUCAAAAUAUAUUGACGUUUUAAUGAAGUCCAUUAAAGAAAACAACCUGCUGAAAUAGCAUGCAUGUAUGUUUGUUCUGCUUGGGAUUGUUAAAAUCUUUACUUAUUUUGUGAUUUUUCUUCUUCACACUUGAGAACAAAUCAUGAUUUUUAAAGUUGAUUUUUUGCUUGGAAAACAUCUUGUGAAAUUCGCAUUUUUUUUUCUUCUUACCUUAAAAAAAAAACAAAAAUAAAAUUGUUUAUAUACUUUAUUGUUUUUAUCAUAAGGUUCAGUAUUGACGAUAUUUAGCGGUGUUUCUGACAUUGGAGUAAUGCUGAUUAAAUCACAAGAUUCAGUGUGAUACAGUAUAUGAUAUUGUAAUGACGGCAUUGGAUGGAUGAGGGAAGAUGUAAAAAUGUUCAUGAGUCAAAUCACAUAGAUUUUGGAUGUCAGAAUGCUCAGGGGUCAUAUCACUUAGGGUUUGGAUUAGGGAGGAGGUCAGAAUUUUCAGGGGUUAGAUAUAAGGGACAGGUUCCGUUGUUUAAAUGAAAAGGAAACACUGUUGUUAAGGUGCUUGUACAUUACAUGUCUUUUUAUUAAUCCAAUGUUUCACAAAACAGCAUUGUCCCAUCUAAAUGUUGCAUCAUAAAAUUCAAUUAUCAUUUAUCAUUCUGACACGAAUCUGAAUGGAAGGUUAUGUAUUGACAAUUUUGUAGAACAAACAGUAGUUUAACUCAAAAUGUUUUCAUUUAUGAAAAAAACGGUUUAUGUUCUUGCUUAACGUUAAUAGUUUAUUUUUGCUUCUCUCAUAAUUCAUGUAUUUCGAAGUACAUUUCUGCUGCUCAUCAUGUGAAAAAGUCCCCAUAUGUUUUUGGUUACAGAGAAAUAAUGAUGUGUGCAAUUAGUGUGAGGAAUGAUAGGUAGAAAAAUAUUUAGCAGGUUAUUGGUAAAAUACAAUUUAUUCUCAGUUUGCUUUGAUUAAAUAUUAAUUUCCCUUUCUAUUACUAUAAAGAUAAUACAAACAGAUACAGUAUUGUACAAAAUAUUAAUAAAUGUACGGUAUAUUUAAAAAAAACUACCCUUUUACACUGGUUCCUCAUACAUGUGGUGUGUAAUUUUCUGGGAGGAAAAUUCGAAAAUAGCCAUAACUAUGAAAAUAGUUUUAUUUUCUUUUGGAAACAUCAAUUCUGUUAUAUAUAUUUGCUAUUUUUACGUGUAUUGUAUUUAUGCAAUUAUAUAUAUAUAUAUAUAAUAGAGAACACCAAUGUCUAAUCUUAUACACAAAAUAAUAUUCUUUAUAUAAUGUUAAGUUUUUUCUAUACAUAUGGACCAACACUAUGUUUGAAAUUUUAUGAUUUAUAUUAUGUAUUUGUUUAUGCAAGGAUGGAAAUAUUGUUCUUCAUUUUAAAUUGAUUUCCAAGUUAGGCUAACACCAGUCUCUGGACCUAACAAUACUACUCUGUUUACCUACUGUCUGUAUGGUGUGGCUAGUACGAAGGAUGGGUGACCGGCUGGAGGGACGGGUGACCAGAAAUUAGAUCCGACCAUUUAGGUAGUAAAUAAUCUUUGAUAAAUAAAACUAUAUAUUGGACAGA